GCUGACUGACCGCAUUCAUUUUAUUCUUUCUUUCUGUUGUGCGUAGAUGUGUUUUUGAACAGCAUCAAAACAUCUCCACAGAAACUGUGAUACCAUUUUGAACAACAACAAGAACAAACUGCAGCUGUAAAUUUUAUUAGUUGUGAUAGAAGUCAUCAGUGCUGGUACAUAGUGUGGAAAUCGUUCCUGUCCCAGUUCCGCUUGGUACGAGACAUUUUUAGCAACACUCCGCUGGACGAAUCGCCAUCGGACCCUGACAGCCGGACUCGCAACACUCGAAAGGCACGAAAAGAUUGACCCCCGGGCUAGAGGUUAGUGAACAAGCGCUCACUGUAUACAACUUAAAGCAAUCAUCAGCCAAGAUGAACAUCCGCUGCGCAAAGCCUGAGGACUUGAUGAAUAUGCAGCACUGCAAUUUGCUUUGCCUGCCUGAAAACUAUCAGAUGAAAUACUACUUCUAUCAUGGGUUAACGUGGCCCCAACUCAGCUAUGUGGCCGAGGACCACAAGGGAAACAUUGUCGGUUAUGUGCUCGCCAAAAUGGAGGAACCCGAGCCGGGUGAGGAGAGCACCCACGGUCACAUUACUUCGCUGGCGGUCAAGCGUUCCUACCGCCGGCUGGGCCUCGCUCAGAAGCUGAUGAAUCAAGCUUCCCAGGCAAUGGUUGAGUGUUUCAAUGCUCAGUACGUUUCGCUGCACGUGCGCAAAUCAAACCGCGCCGCACUUAAUCUCUACACAAACUCGCUUGGUUUUCGGAUUCUGGAAAUCGAACCAAAAUAUUACGCCGACGGUGAAGAUGCCUACUCGAUGCGGCGUGAUUUGGCGGAACUGCUGAAGCAAAUCAACGAAUCCCGGGAGCAGAUGGCAAACGAGGAGAACAACGACAUAACGGUGGUUAACAAUCACCACCACAAGGGAGGACACGACGGUCACUGUUGCCAAUAGAAUAUAUGUGGACUGCAUGCUACUAAACUCGCGAGAGAGCUUCAAUAAUUGUGGAUCAAAAUGAUGCCAAUUUGUGGCAAUCGCGUGUUUGCAAUGUUGAGAGAGUCAACAUUAAUUCGUGCGUAUUUGCAAAUAAUAAAGGAUUUUAUUAUUACCUUC